AUGUCUCCUUACCAUCUUGUAUAUGGUAAAGCUUGUCACUUUCCAUUUGAAUUGGAGCAUAGGGCGCAAUGGGCUUUAAAAAAGUUGAAUUUAGAUCUGGUAGCUUUGAAAGCAUUAAGGCUAGCUCAACUGAAUGAGUUAGAUGACUUGUGUCAUGAAUCCUAUGAGAAUGCAAGAAUCUACAAGGAGAAGACAAAGAAAUGGCAUGACAAUAAUAUUGUCAAUCAGACUUUUCAGGUGGGCGAUAAAGUACUGUUAUUCAAUUCCCGUCUCAAGUUAUUUCUGGGAAAAUUAAAGUCUCGAUGGUCGGGGCCAUUCAUUGUUACAAAAGUCUUUCCAUACGGGGCUUUGGAGAUUCAACAAGGUGAUUCUUCGCCAUUUAAAGUUAAUGGACAGUGGUUGAAGCAUUACUAUGGAGGUGAAAUUGAGAAGAAGGUCAAUAUUACACUAGUGGAUACAUAA